CUCUGCAGCCUUGCAGUACCUAGCUCGGAUUGAAGGGGUACCUGAUCACUGGUAUCCUAGGAGUGUGAAGUUUGUUGGGCCUGCUUUCAUUGAUACCCCCUUCACAGAAUACCAGGUGAACGAAGCCAGGGAGGGGUUUGAGGCACUGCUGGACAAACUUGAGGAAAUAUGGCUGAAGGAAAGUCCUUCUCUGGCCGGAAAUGACAUCACUAUAGCUGAUUUACAAUGUAUUACAGAACUUACUCAAGUAGGCUCGAUUGGCUAUGACAUGGUAAAUGGCAGACCUAAACUUGAAGCCUGGAUGCAGCGAGUGGAGGACACUCUCAAACCAUCUUUUGACGACAUAUGCAAAGUACCAUUGACAUUUUUCGAAAACGCAUUCAAGAAAUAUAAAGAAGCAAAAUAACUAUAAUGAUCAGAUGCAAUACAAUGCAAAAUAUAGUAUCAUUUAUAACAACCGCGCCAAACAAAAAUAGGCGAAGCAAACAAAACACAACGAUUGUUAGGAUUUUAAUUGUUUAAUUCUAGAAUGUUAUUGUCAGAGCAAGGUCACCACUUAGACAAGUGGGGAGAUAUCAGAAUGUUAUUACAAAGAAAGUAUAAACGUAAUGCAUCAAUAGUCCAUUAAUUCUCAUAUUCUUAACUAUCGAUUCCGUUAUAGCAUACUAACAUCCUCUUUGGUUUUUAAUGUAUUAAAAAUACCAUAAAACAAACUACACAAUAUUCAUAAAAUAAACUGAACUAAGGUAUCUUCGGUCUUCUUGCUAAAGCCUGUUUUAAGAUUACAAAUAUCUCAAUAACGAGAUAUUUUAAAAGUAACAGGAUUGGUCAUUGGCAAUUUGUUAAAUAUGUAUCAAUUAUCUUCAAAAAUAUGGGCCACAUAAAUGCACCAAUUCUGUUACAUUUUUAUCACCCUGUAAAGCUCUCAAGAACUUAUUUGACACCAGCUACCAUAAAAU